AUGGACCCCAAUAAUCGACAUUCAAUAUCCGACUUACCCAAUGCUGCUGUUCAGAAAAACCCUGAUAGCUCAGGCACUUUUCCCGGUUUUGAAAUACCAGAUAACCGUACAUCAAUGUCAAAAAGCUUCAGCAAUUUGUCUAUGACAAGUCAUCACGGUAGUCAUGAUUUAUCUAUGGAGUAUACGAGAAGUCCUUCUACAGUCCGUUCUUCAAAGAUACGCUGGGCGCGAAGAAACCCUAGGUUUGACCCAGAUAAGAGGAAGCGUCAGUAUGAUCGUGUGAAGCACUCUGCUUCCAAUAACUGCAAACUUCAUCUUUCAUUGCAGAACCACGCAGCUGCUCAACUACGAUCCGACUCUUUAUUAUUGCAAGCGAAUGACAAAAGAGAUUUGACGAGCCUGGUUACAAGAGUUAAAGAGCUAGCAGCAAAACUCAGUGCUGCCAGAUUAACUUUUCGUUUUCGUCGAGUUUUACUCAUUUCAAACGAUGAUUCGAAUUCUGUAAAAGCAGCUGUUCAACUGGCACAAUGGCUUUUGGACAAUUUUGUAGAAUCAUCAGCUCAACAAGAUUUUGAUUCCGAAUCUAAGGGAUCACAAGCUCAAAUGUCAUCAUCAGAUUCCAAUGAUCGUUCAGAAAGUCCUCCGUUUUUGGAGAUGGACUGCAGUUCCGCAAAAAACAUUAAAAGCCAAUUUUUGAUUUAUUUAGAAGACAAGUUAUACUCUCUUCCAGAAGGUGAAAAUCUUGUCCCUAAGGAAAAUGUCCGAUUUUGGUCUGCUGAACUUUGUACUCAACAACCCAAUGUUUUUGACUGUGUGAUUACUAUAGGUGAUGACACAACGGCUUUACGUGCCAGUUGGCUAUUUCAAGAUGUUGUCCCUCCUGUUAUUUCAUAUAGCGUUGCAAAUCCAGGCUUUCUUAGUGUUCUCCCUAUAAAUGAUUAUCAGCAGACUUUAGAUGUGAUUUUUCGGAAAGGAUUUACUGUCAACCUUAGGAUGAGGUUUCAGUGCUCAAUAAUGCGUUAUGUUGGCGAAAAGAAGACACACAUAUGCGAAGGUCAGUUCUCGGUCCUAAAUGAGCUUCUUAUCGAUAGAGGUCCGAAUCCUUUUAUGAUUAUGCUAGAUUUAUACGUUGAUAAUGAGUAUAUAACAUGCCUUCAGUCGGAUGGCGUGUGCGUGUCGACUCCCACUGGUUCAACUGCAUACUCUGUAGCAGCAGGAGGCUCCCUAUGCCAUCCAGGAAUCCCAGCCAUUUUAAUUAGUGCAAUUUGUCCACAUAGUCUUUCGUUUCGCCCUAUUAUUUUACCGGACAGUAUGACCUUGAGAAUUGUCGUCCCUUUGGAUGCCCGAAGUAAUGCUUGGUGUGCAUUUGAUGGUCAUCAUCGUGUUGAACUUGGUUUGGGUGACUACAUUUCUGUUUCUGCAUCUCCAUUUCCUUUCCCUUCUUUUAACCGUUAUAAAAAUUCAACCGAUUGGUUUGAUGUGUUACGCCAUACACUCAACUGGAAUGACCGCAAAAAUCGCCAAAGAGCUCAUCACUCGAAACAAUUUGGCCUGGGUCUACAAGGUUUUAUGUCAAAAUAA